CCGGUUUCUCCGGGAACGAGCCUGGGCAGUGUCCUCGACUCCCACAAUCCACAGCGAGUUGAAGUGUCGAGGCGAGCCAGCGCUGCCCGCGGAGCGACGACAGCAGCAGCGAGUCUCCGAGAGUCAGUCCGCGGCGGAGUAUGUAGUUCCAGCGGGGUGACCAUGCUGGGUCUCAGAUCUCAGGUCUCAACCUUCACCUGAUCCAUGGAGGAGGAAAAAAACAACUCACCUCAGUCAGCUGACCAGGAAGGAGCCAAUCAGACGCGUCUGUCGGUUGUAAAUAAAUAGUCCGUGAUUUGACUCUGUGGAAACAAGCAGCUGGGUCCGCGGAGGAGAGCCGAACCCGAGAGGAGGCAGGCACACGAUGGUGAAGACAAGUGACGGAGGGAUGAGGGGAGCUGCCAUGACGAACAGGAGCAUACAGGAAGGCCCCGCAGGACUGUGGGACUCCGUGAAGAAAGCUGCGUUCGUCAUUGGAUCCGGAAUCUUACUCUUGGCUGCAUUCGGCAACUCGCUGACAUGGCAUCUUCAGAGAUUCUGGGGAGCUUCAGGAGAUUUCUGGCAGAACUUGUGGACCAGGCUGUACUUGGCAUACGAGGGCCACGAUGCUUCUUUGUUCUAUUUAGGGACAAUGUUAAUCCCCACUGUGGCAUUCUGGGUGCCCAAUUCUCUGCUGCUGUGGGCGGACACCACUGGUAAACCGUCCUUCAUCACUCGCUACCGCAUCCAGGUGGACAAGAACAACCCGGUGGAUCCAGCUAAGCUCCGUAGUGCAAUGAAGACCGUCGUCUUCAACCUGUUCUUCCUCUCCGGGCCCAUGGUGGUGGGAGUCUACCACCUGACGAGCUGGAGGGGGAACCCCUGCGGCCCCGAGCUGCCCACCUUCCACUGGGCCCUGACGGAGCUGGCCAUCUUCUCCAUCAUAGAGGAAAUUAUGUUUUACUACUCACACAGGCUGUUCCAUCAUCCGAGCUUCUACAAGCAUUACCACAAGCAGCACCACGAGUGGACCGCCCCCAUUGGCCUCAUCUGCAUUUACGCUCAUCCUCUCGAGCACGUGAUCUCCAACAUGCUGCCGGUGGUGAUGGGACCCAUGGUCCUGGGCUCCCACCUGGCCACCACCAGCCUCUGGUACUGCCUGGUUCUGUGGAGCACCACGAUCUCCCACUGUGGGUACCACCUCCCCUUCCUGCCCUCCCCGGAGUUCCACGACUUCCACCACCUCAGGUUCACCAACUGUUUCGGGGUGCUCGGCGUCCUGGACCGGCUCCACGGCACAGACAGCAAAUUCAGGCAGACCAAGCAGUACGAACGCCACGUCCUGCUCACCGGCCUCACCCCGCUGAACGAGAGCAUCCCUGACGCCCCCAAGAAGGGUCAGUGAUGACCUGUGACCCCUGACCUCUGAGCUCAGGCCUCGCCAAGUUUGGGAAUAUUACCGUGAUACUUGGAGAUAAAACACAAACUAAACAACAACUCCCAAUCAACCCGAAUGUCAAUUUGAUUUUGAUCAGUUACAGACGGUGAACCUCUGCUCGGUCUGUGGUUUUAUAUUUUCAAAGUAGAAAUAUUGUUUAUUGUACUCAACCAGAUACAUUUAUCCUCCAUGUUCACGGUCGAUCAUUUUAAACCUGUUGACCUGGGAAGAACGUUCUUGUAUCUCAUGACUGGUUCAUGGAUGGUACCGUCGCAGAGAGGUCAGUGGGUCGGGGUUAUUCAUCUGGUAAAAGUGACAAAGUAAAGUUUUGCGGAAUGGAAAGGUUAAUGCAUCAUCAAAAAUGUGGUCACAAUACAAAUGUUAGAUGGUAAGUCAAAAAUGUGACUUACCAUGUGUAAUUCUAUUUUAAUGAUGACUUUUUUUAUCCGUUUUUCUGCUGGAAAAUUGCUGCCGUUGAUGUUUGCUUCAUAAUUUCAUGGUUGUAUUUGCAUUUAGAGACAAGUCAUGUUUUUCCUUUGCACUGAAACAAACCAGUUAUUAUUCGGCCCCUCCUCCUGCCUCACUUGAACUAAACUGUGAGAGGAAUCUGCAGUCAAAAGAAACCAUUCCAGUGAUACUGCAUCCGUGUAAAGCGUCUGACAUGUAGUCGGUGAGAGAAUCGCUCUCUUCUGCGUCCACAGCUUCCAACAUUCCUGAAUAGCGAGAUCCGCAGCUCAUGUGAUGUACAAAUCCUUUCAGCAUGAACAGAUUCUGGUUUUAAUGUGAAGUGAAACCUUUGUUGUUGAUUAAACGGAUCAUACUUCUGUUGUCAUUUUAGUUUUCAAUGCUGUCGUUAAGGCAUGAACAUUAAUUUUAAGGUAUGUAUUAAUCCUUGUGAACAUACUGUAUUUUAGUAACCGCUCACCAGCGAUGCUCCUGUGCUGCGUUCACUUGCUGCUCAGACAGGAGAUAUUUUUUGCACUUUUCCUUUCCUCAAGCACUUAAACGAACCCCCUGAAUGUUGAAUGUCUUCAUGUAUGACAGAAGACCGUCAUAAUGCUGAUGGGGGAAAAACUGAAUGUUGGGGGUAACAAAACAGUUUUAUUAUUAAAAAAAGAAAAACACAUCUAAUGUAGUUGACACAAUGGUAAGAAUGUCUUUACUGAACCCUUAGAUACAAAAGAUGGAUUUCACACAAUAAAUAAAUCACUCGACA